GCAACCGAGCCACAGCGGACUCUUCUCCCGUCGUUCAGGCACGUCAAAAGCUGCACAGCUGCAUCCCGCUGUCCCGCGAGCAACCCGGACUGACGCAACCCGGCCCGAUCCAGCCUAGCCGACCAGAAAGCCGCCGGCGCUGUCUCCGCAUGGACGAUCACCUUUCCCACGCCGCCAUUCUCAACACCACACGCGUCUAUAUCAACAACGCGCCAUGUCCGACUCCGACGCGGGACCAGCGCAGGUCUCUGCCGCCAAGAUCGAAAAGGCCUUGCGUGAUGCUGUCAUUGAUAUCUGGAAGUCUGGCAACACCUACGACCUUACUGUGAAACGCGUCCGUACCGUCGCCGAACAGGAACUCGACUUGCCAAAAGAAUUCCUUAAGGGUGCUGACUGGAAAACAAAAAGCCACCAAAUCAUUCACAACCAAGUGGACCAGUGCCAAAACGAUAAUGCUCCUUCUAGCCCGGCAUCCGAACCCAGUCCUCCGAAAAAGAAGGCCGCCCCUGCGAAGCCGACCCCGAAACCCAAAGCUGCGCCAAAGAAGGCCAAGGCGGCUGAUCCUCCACGAGGCGUGAAGAGGAAAUCUCCAGCUUCCAAGCCCAAGCCCCAGAAGCGCAGGAAGGUUGUUUCGUCUGACGAGGACGAGGAAUCAGAUGCCCCAGACUCAGUACAAUCGCCUAGCGAUUCUGAUUUGGAAGACGGCCCCACAAAACCUACUCGACGAGCAGCUGCGAAAGUCAAGAAGGUGGACUCGGACGAGGAGAUGAGUGAUGCAUCAGCAGGAAAUGGCAGUAAAACGUCAGACGAUGAGAGCAGUCAGAAGAAGGAGACGAAAGCUAGCAAGGCCACGAAGGAUGUCUCCGAAAGCGAGCUGUCAGACGUACUAGACGAACCUCCACCGAAGGCACCGCGAACGAAAAAGGCCACAAGCGGCCCCAAACCGCGCGAAUCAAAGCCCAAGCCUGUUGGAAAAGACCUUACUCCCCAAGAGGCCGAGAUCAAGCAGUUGCAGAGCCAUCUAGUGAGCUGUGGAAUCAAAAAGGUGUGGGCUCGGUAUCUCGCUCCAUACGACACCCCGAAAGAAAAAAUCAGUCAUCUUAAAGAAUUGCUGAGGGAUGCCGGGAUGGAUGGACGAUACACCCUUGAGAAGGCACAGAAAAUUAAGGCGAAACGUGAACUGGACGCCGAGUUGAAUGCUGUGCAGGAGGGUGCAAAGGCCUGGGGCAACCCAGAAGAUGUUGGGGGAAGGCCACGGAGAGCAGCGGCGAGAGCUUCUAAGCCAGUUGCUCCUAUCAAAUUCGAUUCAGAUGAUUCGGGGGAGGAAGAAGACGGCGGAGACGGUGACAGCGACGAUGCUGUUGAGGACAACGGUGAUGGUGAAGACGACGAGGACGAAGAGUCGGAGGAGUCGGCCUUUUCAGGUUCAGACUCGGACUGAAAGGAGCGUCGAUGGGUUACCAGGAUGCUGCGAGUAUUACUAGCGUCAGGCGUCCUGGAAGCGUUUGCUCUGUGGUAUGAAUGUAGUGUGAUGGUCUUCAUAGCGGGCGCGAGAGAACUCAUUGCUGGUAGAAGAUGAAAACGUGGUGCCAAGACGAGGGGAAGGAAAGGCGGGUUGGACUGUGUCGAGUGUCGCAAAAGCGACCGGAGUAGUUCUUAUAUCAAUAUACCCAACAUCAGCUGUGGUCAUGGUAGCCAAUUUGAUAGUCAGUGUACCACUGUCUGUGGUGCUUCAGUGAGUCGAAUCACGAUUGUACAAG